UCCAUCAUGGCUGAAAACCACCAGUCCGUGCCGGUGGCAACCUCGUACAACGACGAGGUUCUGCAGGCCCACGCCGAGCUAUGGAACCUGACCUACGGCUACCUCAAAUCCAUGGCGCUCGAGUGCGCCGUCAAGCUCGGGAUCCCCAACGCCAUCAACCGCUGCGGUGGCGCUGCCACGCUGCCCGACCUGCUCGCUGUCCUCCCAGUGCCCGAGGGCAGGAAGCCCUACCUACCUCGCCUCAUGAGGUUCCUCGCCGCGUCAGGUAUCUUCACAGCCGACGCUCCGGCAUCCACAGGGGAGUGCGCCAACGGCGGCGCGACCGCCACCUACCGCCUCACGCCGCUGUCCCGCCUCCUCGUGGACGACGGCGCCACGGACCUCUCGCCGUUCGUGCUCUCCCAGACCAACAGGUACCACGUCGCGGCGGCGCUGCACCUCCCCGAGUGGUUCAAGAGCGACGACGCGGCCGAGAUGCCGUUCAGGAUGGCGAACGGCGCGGACCCGUGGACGGUCUUUUCCCGUGACCCGGAGAUAAGCCGGGUCUUCAACGCCGGCAUGGCGGCCGACACCCGGUUCGCGAUGGACUUCGUCGUCACCCACUGCGGCGACGCGUUCGACGGGGUGACCUCGCUGGUCGACGUCGCCGGCGGGACGGGCACGGCAGCGAGGGCCAUCGCCAGGGCCUUCCCGCACAUCAAGUGCACCGUCCUGGACCUCCCCAGCGUGAUCGACUCCGUCCCGGCCGACGGCGUGGUCAAGUACAUCGCCGGUGACAUGAUGAGUUCCAUCCCGAAGGCUGACGCUGUGUUCCUCAAGUACGUGUUCCAUGACUGGGACGACGAGGACUGCGUGAAGAUCCUGAAGCAGUGCAGGAAGGCGAUCCCGGAAUCUGGGGGCAAGGUCAUCAUCGUGGACAUGGUGGUCGGGUCUCCGUCCAAAGCCAUGUACUACAAAGACCAGGUGCUGUUCGAUCUGCUGAUGAUGGUGAUGACAACAGGCAAGGAGCGUGACGAGCAUGAGUGGCGCAAGAUUUUCAUGGACGCCGGGUUCACUCACCACAAGACAAGGCCUGUUCUCGGGUCCAUGGCCCUCAUUGAGCUGUACCCUUAAUUAGCUAUGCAUGCAUGACUGCAGCAAAAUGUCUGUAUGCCUAAAGUAUGUGUGCCGUGGUAACGGCUGGUUUGUUUGCUUGCCUCAGAUGGCUUCUC